CCACUGUCAGAAAUCGCAUCAGUAGUUUUGCGUAUAAGCGUCACGUGGCGAGGUUGCGUAUUCUUCCGUCCCAAUAAAUUGAAAUCAUGCAAUUUUCUCAAGAGGAGGUCAUCGAGAGUUCGCAGAAAUCCUCGCGGGGAAAAUGCCGUAGACGGUCGCAUAUCUCAUUCACACAGGCACGCAGAUCACUGCGGUCGUCAAAGGUUCAAAUUGCGCCACGUCGUCACUCGUCCACCGGGGAAGGGUUCGAAAUACCCGAAAGGGCAACCGAGGACAGCGCCGGGAACGUGUCCGGAAGUUUAUUCUCCGGCCAGCAAGACCUGCUUAAGCUGUACGAUGAACACGAGCGUAAGCGUGAAGACGACAAGGUGCUGGAACGGGUUCUGGAACAAUCCCGAAAGGCCUGCGAGCAGCUGAAGCUUCAAACCGAGUCGGUGAAUUUGUUUAGCGCAACGGAUGGGAUUCCGUUGCGGAGGGAAAUCGGGAUGAACACGGACGUGAUAGCGAGGGGUGAGAUGGCCAUCCAGACGACCUCGACGGAACGCAGAGAUUUCGGAGUGCAAGCCGCAACCGAGAAGGUAGUCCUGAAGCACGUGGGAGUCCAACUCUCUCCGAUUGUAGAAAAACGAUCGACUAGAGAUGCUGAAGUUCAGUCGUCGUUUCCGACCGAGGAAUCAAAGAGAAUGCGGAUGACGGACGCAGGAACCAACACACGAAGUGUGUCCUUGGAAGACGCCACGGUUCAAACCAACCCAGUUGAGCGGAGGAAUGUAGGAGUCCAGAAGUAUCACAGCACACGUGUCCGCGAGGUUGGCAAUCAAACGUCUGCCGGGGAUUUGAAUCGAUCCGUCGGCAAAAGGAACGUUUGCGUGCAGCAACGAUCUUCCGGAAUGUUGGAGCUGAAUCGCGAAGCGUCUCUCGCGCUGGGAAUCGAACUGAAAUGUGACCCCACAAGAUUGCAGCGACUUCUGAUGCGGGUUGCGGCCAAGCAGUGUAGCAAGGAUGGGGGCGGAAAUGGAAACGAUUCUGGUGAGCAGCAAGUGGAUUUCACGGACGAGGAUCCGUACUUGGCCAAUUACGGGUACUUUAUGGAGGAUUUGGGUGAGGAGGAUGAUGGCUCAUCGCCCAGCGAUUCGGGAUUGGGAGAGAUUGAGCCGCGAAUGAGCUGUAGCAUUGAGGAAUCGCCCUGCUAGAUGGACGUAAACCGAUUUGGGAAACACAAACU